GAGCAACAAGUAAGGUCUCGCACCUACCAUUCCUCUAUCCGAGCUUUAAACCCUUCUCUUCCCCUCUCUCAAGACCCCAAUUGCGUGGUUCUACACAACUCUCGCAAUGCUCUAAUUCCUAGCAAACUAUCAGACAAAGAAUAAUCAUAAAACGCACAUAUUAACGACUACACCAUGGAGAUUGAUUCCAAUGACACAACCAGCCCGCAUUCCACAAACGAGAGCUCGUUUGGGUUUUUCAACACAUUUGAGUUUGAUCACAGUGGACCAGGCGGCAUAGAUUCAAUUAUUAUAUCAGAAGACAAUUCAUCGGAAGGCACUCCCUUUGAACAUCCUAUUGAAGAAGAUCCUUAUAAUGAAAUCGAGCCGUAUUAUCUCCAAGGCCAGAGAUUAUAUCAACAGCAACAACAGUCUCGAAGACGGAAUUUAGAAGACUCACCGCCGUUUACGCUUGAUCGAAAAUUUGACUCCCUCAGUAUCCCGGAUUUCACUAUCCCUGCAUCACCACCCGCCGCACAUUUGGAAGACCACUAUAUUAUUCCCGCCGAUAGCUCUUCUAUAGUGGAUGUCCCCAUGCCCCACACCACUGCCAAAUACGCGCUACAAAAGAAAGUAUCGCAAAAUGCUGCUACGGGUGACAAUGGAUCGUCUGUUUUCAAUAUAUCUUGGGGAGGUGAUGAUCGGCCGCCGGAAUCUUACGAUGAUCAAGGUCUUACGGAAGAAAACAUGCAGCCAACAAAGCCUCUUCCAAAACCUAGAGGAGUCAAGCGUCAUCCAUCGCCUGACUUAAACGACGAUGGAACCUUGGACGAGGAAAGCCUCAAGCGAUUGAGGAAUACUCACGCAGCGCGUAGAUCGCGUUUGAAGAAGUUUUUAAAGGUUGAGUUUCUGGAGAAACAAGUUGCUGCCUUACAAGCUGAAAACUCCAAACUUGUGCUGCGCACUGCAGUUCUAGACAGCGAAAAGCACAGUAUGCUUGCUAAGGAACAAGAGUAUCUACGACGUAUAAAGCACCUUGAAGAAAUUAACCUCCAGCAGAGCAAGAAACUCAACGAAACUUCCACUGAUUCCAACGCUCAGAAAUGGCUUGUAUAAAACCCAACAGUGUGCCAAGCG